CAGACCUCCAUCAAAUGCCAUUUGGACAGAGUGAGGAAUGUAAGUUGACUGGACACAAUUUUAACUUGUUUGAAUCUUCCUUUGUUUUAUCUGAAGACAUACAAGAAGGAUUUUAAAGUCUUUUAGAGAGACUCGGCACUUGCUCUGAGGCAGGCAGGCGGAUAGAUCUCCAGACUUUCAAGAAACCGUACCCAAGACAGCGCUUCAAUCAUGGGGGAAUGGGGCUUCCUGGGUGGGCUCUUUGACAGCCUCCAGGCCCACUCGCCGAUGCUUGGUCGUUUCUGGCUCUUACUCAUGCUGGUCUUUAGGAUACUGAUCCUGGGAACUGUUGCCAGUGACCUGUUUGAGGAUGAACAAGAGGAGUUUGCCUGCAACACCCUCCAACCGGGCUGCAAACAGGUGUGCUACGACAUGGCCUUCCCUAUCUCCCAGUAUAGAUUCUGGGUGUUUCACAUCGUCCUCAUCGCCACACCUUCCUUGGUUUUCCUCAUGUAUGCCAUGCAUCACCAUAACAAGAGGACCACCCACUCCAGGUUGGGCCCAAAUUGUAGCCAGGACUACAGAGAAGACCUUCAUUUAAGGAGGCUUUACAUUGUCAACGUGGCCUUCCGUAUAGUGGCCGAAGUUGGCUUUCUAGUUGGUCAGUGGCAUCUGUACGGCUUCAAGGUGGAGGCCCAGUUCCCCUGCAGCCGCUUUCCUUGCCCCUACACGGUGGACUGCUUCACCUCCCGCCCUGCAGAGAAAACAGUCUUCCUCAUCUUCUACUUCAGUGUCGGGGUGAUCUCAGCCCUUUGCAGCUGUGCUGAGCUUCUCUACGGCUCCAUGAAGUGGUUCUGCUCAGACCGGCACCACGUCGCCCUGCAGCGCUCCUGUGUCUGCGAGAAUCUGCACAACAUCAAGCAGGAGGAAGAACAAGAGAAGAAACCAAAUGGAAAGACCGUGUCAGAGAGUACGACCAACAGCGUGAGGCUGAAGGGAGGAUCAGUGAGGAGCAGCGGAAAUAGAAAGGUCUCCAGGUUCGGCCAGAAGCACAAGAACAGCAAAUAUGUGAGCAGCAGGGCACUCAUGGUGUGAGAGGGCCAUGAUUCAAACAUCUCAGUCCCUCAUUUUCAUCUAAAGGUUACAGCGAUGUUGGCAGUUCCUGGACACCAUUGGAGCUUCUAUCAUGGGAGACAUUAUAAGGAAGUUCUUGGGAGACAGUCAUAAGAACAGGAAAUGAGUAAAGACAAGUCCGAUGAUGAUGACAGAUGCAUUGACUUGUUUGGUCUGAUGAAUCAAUGCAGACCAAAAAGGCCUUUGGAUUACACUUGACAGACUGAUUGCUGUUUUGUCUCAUAGACAAUCGAUCCCCUCUGUGAAAGCCUUCUAAAAGGAAAAAUCCACCAUGAACAGCCGUCGGUGAACACUGUGCUAAUUUUUUUUCUACGUAGUUCUGUGAUAUGUAUGAGGAAAAUGCUGAUAUUCCCAACAGCCUCAUAUUUUCCAUCUGCCAUUAUGCAUUUGCAUCUCCUGCACUAAGGUACCUGCUCGCUAGGCCGCUCUCACAUCUGUACGGUUACACAAAGCUACUUCUGGCAGUCAGUUAGCUUAGCACAAAGACUGGAAACAGGGGGAGGCUGCUAUAGCCUGGCGUUAUGCAAAGCUAACAAAAUCCUCCUAUCAGUACUUUUUUACCACGUUAUAUCCUUUUUAAUCCACACAAAAAUAAGCGCAAGAAAGUAUAAAACAAUACAUUAUGGUGAACUGUUUGGCAGAAGUAACUUUUUGGAGCUAGCUGUUUCCAGCCUUUGUGCUAAGCUAAGCUAUCUUAUCAUAUUUACAGAACUGAUAUGAAAGUUUUCUCAUGUAACUGUCAGCAAGAACGCAAAUAAGAAUGUUUCACAAAUGUCAAACUAUUUAUUUUUGUGACAGUUAAUAAUAGAUAAUAAGAUAAUUUAGAUUCUCAUAAAUUGUAACUAAUGACUUGUUAAAAAAAACCUGUGGUUGAUUGGACAGUAUGACCUUACCUUCUAGAAAACCUAACUCCAUUUAUUAACAACUUAUUAUUGGUAUUUAUAACCACAUUAUUACCAACUAGAAACUCUGACCAACAGGGUUUUUUCCUCAGUUUUGUAACCCCUCUACCAAUGGUUUAUACCAUUAUAAUGUAUCAUCACUGUAUAACAUCCAUCACAUUGUGACCAUGACCAGGUCGGGUAACGUGCUGAUUUUGAAUGACUGUUGUUUGUUUGUUUUUUUUAAUAAAUUAUAACUUUAGCUUGAAUGUGAUUGAGUGAACAGAGACUGCUUUUCACUGUUGUGCACCAAGAGCAGCAGGAAGGUUACACUGUUUUUUUUUUUAAUCUUUUGCUACGUGUGUCUUUCAGAUGAAUGAAUGAAUAAAAAACUGCAUACUUCUCAACCU